UCCACUGGAGUAGGAAAUGGCAACCCCAUUCUAGUAUUCUUGCCUGGAGAAUUUCAUGGACAGAGGAGCCUGGCAGGCUACAUUCUAUAGGGUUGCAAAGAGUCAGACAUGACUGAGCACACACUGCUACCGCCAUGUAGCAUCCAAACACCAACCUUCAAGGUUGUCUUAGCACCAUCGUUGGAAAAUUCUCAUUGUGAGAAGCCAAGGAGGUGGUGGCCAACUUCCUCCAAGGAAGCCAAAGAGGUCAGGUGCGACCUCUCCCUGCACACAGAGGGCAGGCAUGCUACUGGGGCUCGGUCAAAUCAGAAACUAUCUCCUGGGAGUUUGGAUCCUGAACAAGGGAAACAAUACUGUAGAGGCCGUGGCUAGAGGCCUGUACUAUAAAGGUCCACACUAUAGCUCAUUCUACAGCAAGUUCUUUCCUUUUCUUACCUUUUUUUUUUUUUUUUUUUUUUUGCAGUGGUGGGUCUUCAUUGCAUCCUGUUGAUCUUAGUUCCCUGACCAGGGAUUGAACCUGGGCCCCUGCAUUGGGAAUGCAGAGUCUUAGCCACUGGACCACCAGGGAGCCCCUCUAGCUUGUUCUUUCUAACAUUAUUCCAAAGUGUAGCUGUUUUAUCGUUUACUCAGUCCCCUCAGUCUCCUGCUGAAGACCUUUAUUUCCAGAUUUUUUACCAUUAGAAGCUGUCCUGCAGAGAGCAGCUUUAUUUAUUUUAUUUUCUGUGUCCUGGUACUUUUAUUUCUUUACAAUAGGUGUGAGAGAGAGGGAUUUCUGAUUUGAAAAAUAUGUGUAUUUUUUAUUUCAGUAGCUGUUGUCAGAUAGCUUUCCAAAAGAGUCUGUAGCUGUUCAUGUUGCCAGAGCACCGUGUCCUUUUCACCGCAACCCACUAGCAGAAAUCUGCUAAUCGGCUACUGCAGAAGAAGCGCUCCUUUCCUAUCUGAGCUUCGGAAAAGAUUUUGUCUUCCACAAGUCUCCGGUUUUCCCAGAGAACUGAAAAGACCUUUCUCGAACCAGCCACACCAAUUCUGCUGCAGGAAAGUUCCCUUCUCUUUUGCAACUUAACACUGGGAAAAUGACUUUCUCUUUUACCUCUCAAUUUCCUCUAAAUUUUGGCAAGUGAAGAGACAUCUAUCUGGUUAUCCAAUAGGACACAAGGCGGAACCACGCACUCCCCACUGCAAACUUCCAUUCCACGUAGUUGCUUUGUGUAUAACUUAUUUGCUAGGAAGAGCCAAAUUGCAGAGCGGGUUCAUACAGCAGCCACACACAACUCGUGAAAGGACCCGAGAGUUCGGCGCCUCCCUUCUGACGGCGGGGAAUGAAGUCCUGCAAGCCCUGCAACACGGCUGCGGGAGCGCGUGCCGCGCCCCCUUGCGCGGGUGGUGCCGAGUGCGCGGGCACGUGCGCCGUGGCCGGGCGGCUGGAGAGCGCGGCGCGCAGGCGCCUAGCGGCAAACGCGCGCGAGCGCCGCCGCAUGCAGGGGCUCAAUACGGCCUUCGACCGCUUGCGCAGGGUGGUACCCCAGUGGGGCCAGGAUAAAAAGUUGUCCAAGUACGAGACCCUGCAGAUGGCGCUAAGCUACAUCAUGGCUCUGACCCGCAUCCUGGCCGAGGCUGAACGAUUCGGCUCGGAGCGGGACUGGGUCAAUCUCCACUGUGAGCACUUCGGCCGAGACCACUACCUUCCGUUUGCGGGCGCGAAGCUGCCGGCAGAGACCGAGCCCUACGGCCAAAGGCUCUUCGGCUUCCAGCCCGAGCCCUUCCAGAUGGCCAGUUAGGUCGCGCGGCCCUGUCGGAAUGAGACGCCCGAUGAUCCGCGCUGUGGAGCCGUAGCCUUCCCCACUCGGUGGCAUAGGAUGGACACAUUCUUAGAAUAAAAUUAGGAAAUUUCCAGGUUACUUUUAGCAUUUCUAGUCCUAGGGACGCAAUGCUUUUAUUGCUUUACUUUUCCCCUCCUUAUUAUGUUGUAGAUUUCAUUAAUGCAUCUUGGAAUAGUUUUGAUUGAUUCCCCCUUUCUGGGCGACUUUGAGGGAAAACAAUGUAAGAAAAAAUAGAAUUGGGUUAUACUUUAGGUUUAGUCCUCACUUCCUUAACCUUAGUAAGUCUGUCCUGUUAGGAUGAAGUUACAGUAUCUCUUACCUGUGUAUGCUUAAUACAGAGCUGCCUUCCUGUCUUGUAAAUGCGUUUGUGCUUAGUGUACUGUGUGUGCAUGCAUGAAGUAGACUUUCUUUUUUUCUUUGGUAGAAUACAUGGGUGUGAGUGCUCUGUAUUUUUUAAAAUUGUGUAUACAUUAUUGUAAUAUACAUUUUGUAAAAUAGAAUUAAAAACCUGGGUUUGCUUUUCAUGCGAGGUGCCCUGCUAGUUUUCUGAUGGCACUAAAGGCCUGUUUCUUUGGGGGGUGGUGACAUUGAGUGCUUACCUGAGUAAAGAUGUAUUUAAAUCUAAUCCCAGCAAUUGGCAAAGUGCUGUUUUGUAAUCAUCAAAAAAAGACAAGCUGAUGAGCGUGCAAGUAAUUAAUUUGAAAGUUUUCUCCAUUAACUUGGAAAUAUAUUUUUAAUGGUUUUUAAAACGAUUGGAUUAAUUGAAAUAAUAUUCAACUUUUAAACAGCUAGAUACACAGUUCCUUAAUCUUUUAUUUUCCUUAUUAAGCCAGUUGCUAACUACUAAUUCCUUACAAGUACUCAAAUAUAUAUAUUUGCUCAUAUAUGUAUUGAAUAUAUGUAUAUUUGGCUUUUGGAAAUGAUUUGCUUUUAAUCAGUACCAGUUGGGCAAUAAGGGCUUCACUACCACCAAGGCUAAUCAAAAAAGCAAUAAUACAAUACACAUGGUAUUGGUUUGAAUUACUUUUAUAAGUUUGCUUAAGCAUUGGAUGAAUAAGCCAAGCCCUUAAUGUAAUGACUUGGUCAACAGAUCGCAUGUUUUUCGGUGAAUAUCUUGCUAAUAAUUGGAAAAAGCAAGACUCUUAAGCUAUCUGUGCCUUUGGAACUUGUCGCAAGUUAACAAAACAAUGACAUUUCCCAAACCCUUUUUAUAAUAUUAUGGGUUCCAACACCUAAUAUCAGGCAUAGCCACCAUUUGCAAAUUUUCUAGAGUCUUCAUUAAAAUUUUGUUAGUUAUCCCUGA